UUCGAUGACGUAACUUUGCUGCAUGUGCGCAGUUUUCCACAAAAUAUGUCUUUUUAUUUCGCCUCAGAAAUCACUCUGAACUUUUUAUGUUCGCAAAAUAACUCUGUUUGAAAUAAGUGAAACUAAACUUUAAAAGGAAACUUUAUCAUCUCACUGCUGCAAAUCAGCUCAGGGGACCAAAGGUCAGAAACCAACACUAGAGAUCAGUAUGCGCUUCCUGCUGCUGUUCAGUCGUCAGGGGAAGAUGCGGCUGCAGAAGUGGUUCAUGCCACUGACGGAGCGAGAGAAGAAGAAAGUGAUGCGGGACAUGAUGAUGUUAGUGUUGGCUCGUCCACCGCGCUCCAGCAACUUCCUCCAGUGGAGAGACCUGAAGAUUGUUUACAAGAGAUACGCCAGCUUGUACUUCUGUGCUGCACUGGAGGAGCAGGACAACGAGCUGCUGGCCCUCGAGGUGCUGCACAGAUAUGUGGAGCUGUUGGAUAAAUACUUUGGCAACGUGUGUGAGCUGGACAUCAUUUUCAACUUUGAGAAGGCUUACUUCAUCCUCGAUGAAUUCCUGAUGGGAGGAGAAGUCCUGGAAACGUCUAAAAUAGCCGUGGGCGUCUCGAUGGAGGAGGCCGACACGCUGCAGGAGCUGUUGUGUCAUCAGCAGACGAUGGAGGAGUACAUGAGCAAACCGGCCUACUGAGCCAAGACACGCCGAGGAUUUCAACUAAUCAUGACUCGUCACAAAGCUGCACACACACACACACACAUGCUUCUGAAGAGUCUACGUUAUAUUUGUGCCUUUUUAAAACUGCAGUACUUAACUUUGUUUUUGAUUUUUGUUAUUAUGCUGCCUCUGUGAACAGAGAUUAUGUUGCAUUAUCUGUGAAGCAAUACUAUCAGACCUGACUGAGGGAGCGCUUGUGUGUAUACAGCAGCAGAGCAGAGUGUUAUCAAAGUGCUGAACGACAGUAGAAUUCACCUCCACAGACUGACAGAUGCUAACUGUUGCUAUCCUGAGACACGUUUGCGUUCAGGGUUUUUUUCCCACUUCUCAACUGGAAUGCUAUGAACUCGGGUUUGACGUCACGCCCACUUCCCACUUCCGAGUUCUGAUGUAAAUGGAACACAGUAUUUUCCCAUGAAACUGCUGAAUGAACAGCAGAAUUCAUGUUCUUGUGUACGACUUGUUUGCGAGCGUCUCACUUUAGUAGCACAAUGUUGCCGUUUCCUCCGUCACAAAAUGUAACCAGUGAGUCAUGAGCAGCUGACGUCAUCACGUGUGAAUGUAACACACACAUGUUCAUACUUCUAAAGUUUUGAGCUCAGAGUCGGUGAGUGCAGAUAUGAAAUGUUGUAAAUGAUGAGACAUGGCAGGCAAAGGCAUAUGUAUCUUUUUUUUUGUUUGAAAUUGUUUAAAUGAAGAAACACGACACAGUAAGGAAAAAUAAAGUCAAUGCUUUAUUAACCUCAGGUAUGUCACAUACUGUAUGACCACAUUUAAGAAAGAUUCACUGAAAAACAAGAAGAAGAAGAAACAACACAAGUGAAUUGAAGGAAUGCAACACUGAUUUGUGUGUGUGUGUGUGUGUGUGUGUGUGUGUGUUGGGAUGUAAAAGGCUGGUGAGUCACAUGUUCUGUUCUUAAGUUUGUUUGAUUUGAAAAACAAACAAACAAACAAAGCAUUAAAUGAAUGAUGACUGUCACUCACAUUUUUGCUAAUAAAAUAUUUUGUAAAUCUA